AUGGAUAAAAAUGACGAAGAGAAACCUAAGGACUCGAUGAAUGACCAAGAAAUGCCACGUAGCGAAGACUGGAAAGCCCGAGUCGCUCGACGAGCAGAUCCAGCCGAGUGGCCUACAGAGUCCUUAUUUCAAAAGGGAGAGCAGGUCUGGAUUGCUUCACCUGGAUCUAGAGGAGUGAGGGGCCCUUUCAAGAUUGUUGGUGUCCUUGGAAACGAGCAGUAUCGGGUUCGCGACGAGCGACUGGGCACUGAGGAGCAAGUUCCCGGCGCGAACAUGAAGAGGCGACCUUAG